AUGACUGAGGAGGUAGAACGUCUGUCUGAUAUUAAAACAGAAGAUAUAGAGGGAGAAGAAGAGACGUAUGUGACUGAUAUGAAGGCAGAAGAUAUAGAGGGAGAAGAAGAGACGUAUGUGACUGAUAUAAAGGCAGAAGAUACAGAGGGAGAAGAAGAGACGUAUGUGACUGAUAUGAAGGCAGAAGAUAUAGAGGGAGAAGAAGAGACGUAUGUGACUGAUAUGAAGGCAGAAGAUAUAGAGGGAGAAGAAGAGACGUAUGUGACUAAUAUAAAGGCAGAAGAUACAGAGGGAGAAGAAGAGACGUAUGUGACUGAUAUAAAGGCAGAAGAUAUAGAGGGAGAAGAAGAGACGUAUGUGACUGAUAUAAAGGCAGAAGAUAUAGAUGGAGAAGAAGAGACGUAUGUGACUGAUAUGAAGGCAGAAUAUAUAGAGGGAGAAGAAGAGACGUAUGUGACUGAUAUAAAGGCAGAAGAUAUAGAGGGAGAAGAAGAGACGUAUGUGACUGAUAUAAAGGCAGAAGAUAUAGAGGGAGAAGAAGAGACGUAUGUGACUGAUAUGAAGACAGAAGAUAUAGAGGGAGAAGAAGAGACAUAUGUGACUGAUAUAAAGGUAGAAGAUAUAGAAGAAGAAGAGACAUAUGUGACUGAUAUAAAGGCAGAAGAUACAGAGGGAGAAGAAGAGACGUAUGUGACUGAUAUAAAGGCAGAAGAUACAGAGGGAGAAGAAGAGACGUAUUUGAGGGGUGAUCAGAAGUGUAAGGAGGAGGAGAUCUCUACAGAUAUCAGCACAGAUGGACACACAAGCAGGAAUAUCUCAGAAGGACAUCUAAUGUUAUCCCCGGAUUGUGACAUAAAAGAUAAUGACAGUAUACAGGAUUCUCCAGGAGAUAACCCCAUUACCCCAAUUAUACAUCCAGCUCUAUUAGCUGAUCCCUCUGAUCCUGGGAAAUGUUCUCCUGAUCACUCUGAUAUUGGUGCAUCUGUUACAGCUCUGACAGUAGAUACAGUGUUUCCCUGUUCUGUAGAUGCCAAAUGUUUUACACAGAACACAAAGCUUAUUACCCAUCAGCCAGCUAAGGCAGGUGAGAGGCGAUUCCCAUGUUCUGAGUGUGGGAAAUGUUUUACAUACAAAUCAUAUCUUGUUAAACAUGAGUUAAGUCACACAGGUGAGAGGCCAUUUCAAUGUUCUGAGUGUGGGAGAUGUUUUACAAUCAAAUCAUGUCUUGUAAAACAUAAGAGAAUACAUACUGGUGAGAAACCAUAUUCCUGUUCUGACUGUGGGAAAUGUUUUACAUACAAAACAACUCUUGAUGCACAUAAGAGAAGUCACACAGGUACAUCACAAUUUGCAUGUUCUGAGUGUGGGAAAUAUUUUGCACAGAAAUCACAACUUGCUAGACAUCAGAGAAGUCACACAGGUGAGAGGCCAUUUCCAUGUUCUGACUGUGGAAAAUGUUUUACACGGAAAUCUCACCUUGUUACACAUCAGCUAAGUCACACAGGUGAGAAGCCAUUUCCAUGUCCUGAGUGUUGGAAAUGGUUUGCACAGAAAUCAGAUGUUGUUAAACAUCAGAGAAAUCACACAGGUGAGAAGCCAUUUCCAUGUUCUGAGUGUGGGAAAUGUUUUGCACUCAAAUCAGAUCUUGUUAGUCAUAACAGAAGUCACACAGUGGAGAAUCCAAUUUCUUGCUCUGAGUGUGGGAAAUGUUUUACACGGAAAUCACAUCUUGUUGGACAUCAGAGAAAUCACACAGGUGAGAAGCCAUUUCCAUGUUCUGAGUGUGGGAAAUGUUUUGCACUCAAAUCAUCUCUUGUUAGACAUCAGAGAAGUCACACAGGUGAGAAGCCAUUUUCUUGCACCGAGUGUGGGAAAUGUUUUACACAGAAAUCACAUCUUGUUACACACCAGAGAAGACACAUAGGUGAGAAGCCAUUUUAAUCUUCUGGAGUAUACUUAUCAUUGCCAUCGUUGUUCUUCAAGGUUCUUAUCCUAUCUCCUAUGCUUUUUGCAAUAUACAUGCUACCGCAGGGUGAAAUAAUCAGAUGUGAUGCCCUCAUCUACCACUGCUAUACAGAUGACCUGUCUUUUACUCCGGGUACUGAGAACCCAGUUCCAAUCCUAAAUGGCUGGCUAGCUGAGCUCCAGGUGUGGGUGCUGCCAGUUGGCUGUGACUCAGUCCUGGCGAAACCGGUCCUUAUGAUAGAAGCUAGAGUUACAAAAUGCUGAUCAUGUGCGGAAUCUUGGUGUCAUGGAUGGUGGAGUGACACUUACACCUCAGGUACAGCCACAAUCAUAUCCUCAUCUGAGGAACAUAGCCAGACUCCAGCACUUAUUUCCCUCAGAAGAUCUACCUACAGUCAUACAUGUACUUGUAUCAUCACACACAGACUACUGCAAUGUCCUCUACCUGGGUCUCCCAGCAGAAGAAUUGCACCGCUUGUAGCUUGUACAGAAUGCAGCAGCCAGGCUGUUACCUAACCAGCCCGUUCCUGCCACAUAACACUCAUUCUCUGCUCCCGCCUCCGGCUGCCUGUAAGAUGGUGACUCUGGGCCUAAUUCAGGUUGGAUCGCAGUGUGUGAUCCAAACGGAAUUCAGAAAAAGUUGUGGAUGCAUGCGCAGCGCCAAUACUGUGCAUUUGCCUGCAUUUUCUGCAGAAAAUGCGAUUGCCUGUCAGGCAGAGGCAGUCAUGUGGGGUGAGCGGGCAAUGCUCCAUUUCCAGGGAGGAUGCGGUGCGGGGGCAGUGUGAAUGGAGGGCAGAGGCAGACAAACGUGCAUCAUCACGGUGGCUUUGUGACAUCACGUGCAGCCGCAGUGAUUGAGAAGAAUGCGGUGGUCCUGUGGGUGCAGCUUAGCUGCGGCAGCAGGAGGCUUCACUAAAUUCUACGAUGAAGCAGAAAUUAUGAGGCAAUCGCAUUUUCUGCUUCAUCAGGGGGGAGGCGGUGGUCAGCAUGCUGGGUGGCCUUGCCCUGUGAUGGGCGGCCCCCAGCACGCUAGGAAAAGGAUUGCAAAUUCUGCUAAUUAGCAGCAUCUGCAAUCCUUACUGAAUUAGGCCCUCUAUUAAAUAAUCUCAUGGACUCUCCCAGCCUUGCAUGACCAUGGUACCAGAAGCAGCUUCUGCCUCCGUACUGCCUGGGUUUCUUCCAUCUGUUGAUGAAGGACUGUUAGCAGUACCAUAGAUUCCCCAGCAGUGCUUAGAUGUCAGGGGAGACAGGGUGGGUGGCAGUAGUGCAGUAGCGGGGGCUGCUGGAGGCAGUGUCUAAGUGGGUAAUAUUGUCCUCAAGCAGCGCUGAGGAGGGAGACAGGGCGGUGGCAGUAGUGGGAGCAGAUAGGUGGCAGUGGUGGGGGAGAC